GAGAGAGUGAACCAUCCACGGGAGAAGGAGCGUUGUAAGUGUUAUCAUUUUAAUCAGGUCCAAAUAGGGAGUGCGCCUCGUUUGCGCGCGGAGUCCCAGAAGUCGGAGGAUUACGCGCGACGGAGAAAGUUUCCAACGACUCCUUUUUACGCACAGAAAUGUCAGAAAGCGUGAGUGGACACUUUUCUCUGUCAGAAUCAAAGUUUGGCGGACUUUAAGGAAUAUUUUUGAGUGAGGAGCGUCACUUUUGAAACCAGCAGAAGAUAGAAUACCCGUCCAGAUUUAUGAUUUGGGGCAUGGCCACUGCCACUUCCAGUCCGUACCUGGCCAGCAGCAGGAUUCUCCCCGGGCCAGUCCUGCACUCCGACCGCAGGAGCGCGGCCAUGCAGCCGGUCACCACCACCAGUGGGUACAGAGGCGACCCCGCCGUGAAGAUGGUGCAAAGUGACUUCAUGCAGGGCGCCAUGGUGGCCAGUAACGGGGGCCACAUGUUGACCCACCAGUGGGUGACCUCGUUGCCGCACGCAGCAGCCGCAGCGGCCGCCGCAGCUGUGGCUGCAGUCGAGGGAAACUCUCCGUGGGCUUCCAACUCUCAACCGCAGGAUCUGAAGCGAACCAGGGACGAGCUCCACUCGGGCUCUCACCUGCACCACCACCGGUCUUCCUCACACCUAGGACACCACCAGUCGCACCCGGGAGGCUGGGGAGGCACCACCAGCGUCACUGACACGCAGCAGCAGCAGCUUGUCUACUCACAGCCCGGUGGCUUCACCGUCAACGGCAUGCUGAGCUCCCACGCCGGGCAGAGCCUCAUGCACCCGGGGCUCGUACGCGGAGAGUCCCCUGAGCUGGACCACCAUCACCACCACCACCAUCACCACCAGCAUCUGCACCAGCACCACGGCGUGGGGCACGAGCAGCACUCGGACGAGGACACGCCGACCUCCGACGACUUGGAGCACUUCGCCAAACAGUUCAAGCAGCGACGCAUCAAACUGGGCUUCACGCAGGCGGACGUGGGUCUGGCUCUCGGCACCCUGUACGGCAACGUCUUCUCCCAGACCACCAUCUGCCGGUUCGAAGCCCUCCAGCUCAGCUUCAAGAACAUGUGCAAGCUGAAGCCGUUGCUCAACAAAUGGCUCGAGGAGGCCGACUCCACCACCGGGAGUCCCACCAGCAUCGAUAAAAUCGCCACGCAGGGCAGGAAGCGGAAAAAGCGCACGUCCAUAGAGGUGAGCGUCAAGGGCGCGCUGGAGAGCCACUUCCUCAAGUGUCCAAAGCCUUCAGCGCAGGAGAUCAACUCACUGGCGGACAAUCUGCAACUGGAGAAGGAGGUGGUGCGGGUUUGGUUCUGUAACCGGAGGCAGAAGGAGAAGCGCAUGACGCCGCCGGGACUCCCACGCACGCCCGAGGACGCCUAUUCUCAGGUGGGCAGCAUCGGCGCGGACACGCCGUCACCUUCCAUAGACUGCAAGAGGAUGUACAGCGACACGUGAAACUGGUCGACAAUGACUGAAAGCCUUUGACUCUUUUCACACCAUGAUCCAAGUGCUGGGCGGUUUCACGGUGUUUAUACUCAAUUAGUUUAAAAAAAAAAAUUGCUUUUUUCUUAUUUGAUUAACUGGCACUUUUUUCUCACCGCAAUUCUGCUCUGGAGAGAAUCAAUGUUGAUAUUUAUAUUUUAGCAAGAACAAUGGUGUGAUAAUAUGAGUCUCUUUCUUUAGCUUACAACUUUUUUAGGGACAACAAUCCUAAUCAUGGAGCCUGUUUGACACUGCCACUCACAUACAAAUCAAAAGGAAGACUGGAGAAGUUGUGUUGGACUUCUUCAACAGACUUGCUCGGCAUCAUUCAGAGACAGGUUUGGGAAUAGAUUGUGUAGCCUUCUCUAACUGAACGGAACUUUUAUGUCUUCAAAGUGAUCCUCAUUAACUGUGUCUUCAAUACGUUUUCCUUCCCGUUUUCUCUUCUCCUCCUCGCCUCAAUAAAAUACCAGAACUCCUGUCUUACCUUUAACAAAAAUAUUGUUCCCAUUCAGUUGAAUUAUGUUGUGGAGAGAUAUGCAAACAUAAGAGAUUCCAUCUACUAACUAUAACUUACCACUCUAAAGUGAAUUUUAAUUCAUCACCUUAAUAAAGCAGAAUGACACUUUUUAACUUUAUUCCCCUACCUCUCAAUUCUGCCGUUCUUCUCCUUUAACUGUUUCGCAUCAUUGCUUAGCGCCAUUGCCGUUGUCCUUUAAAUUAAUGUCUUGCUUUAACUGAAGACCUGAAUUCUGUAGAAAGCGGUGUGCCGCCCAGCACUGGUCCUGAUCCACGAUUCUUCAUGUUAUAUUUGUGUAUUCACUUGGGAAUAUUUUACAUCUUGCACUAUUAAGCAACAUCUGGAACCAAACGAAAACUUUUGCAUAUAUGACUUAGACAGCUUUAUUUGACAUGUUUGAACAAGCAAUAAUUUCACUUCAUUUAAAAGCUCCUUUUGUCACCUUUGUGCGCCGGUAACGUUUUCGUUGUGACUCUUCACUAUCCUCAUCUCCUUAAUAUCAUACAUAUGAACUGCAUAGCGAUACGUCCCAUUGAGUGUUUAAAUGUAUUCUUGUGAUGAUUUGGACUAUUUAUUGUUGUUUUUCCAUUGUUCAUUUCGAAUAAAACUGAUCCAAAUGAAAGAACUCUCUUCUUUUAUUAUGGCUGUUGAGAUAUUGCAUUUACUAGUAUGAAAUUAAUGGCAACUCCUUUGGUCAGUAAUGUUUAAAAAAAAGUAAAUU